AUGAUUCGUAAUCAAUCUAUGGAUAUUCAUCUUGAUAUCAAAAUUGAUUCUAAUGUUCAAUUUUUACAUGCUUAUAUUGAAAAUCAAAAUGGUACUUUCUAUAGUCGUGUAGAUCAUGAUUCAAUGAUAAGACAAAAAUAUACUUUACCUUAUGUCAUUAGUACUUCAAAAAUUGCACAUAGUCAUUGGCUUCGAUCAUCUCUCAUUCAAGCAGUGCGUUAUUGUACUUUGGUGGAUCAUUUUAAUCAAGAACGCAUCUAUCUCGAGAUGACUUGUUUAGCAAAUGAUUAUUCAUUAGAAUUUAUUGAAAAACGUAUCAAUCAUUUUUUUACUCAUUUUGAUGCUAUCUCUUUACGUUCAGUUUUGGAUCAACAAGUUUAUAAGAAACUUCGUCUUCAUUUAUUUAAUUUUAUUAGUGAACAACGACGUAUCUUGAAAGUUAAUCGAGAAUUACAACCUAAGAAGCAACGUUUUCGAUUAUCUUAUUUAUAUGAAUUUGGUCCGAAACGCAAAUUUAAUCAAGAAUUACAGAACAUUUUAUUGACCAGUUUAAAUCCAUCGAAUCCAUCGUCAAAUAUCAAUAAAAUAUGCGUACGAUUGACGACCAAACUACAACAUUCAUUAAAUGCAUUAUUAAGUGAACAAAAACCAUUUCAUCCUUUAUUACAUGAAAAGAGGAUCUGA